AUGGCUUUCACUUCAUGGCAAAUUUUGUCCCCAAUACAGUGGGCGCGCUGGAUGUGGACAGCUGUGAGAAGCAGUGGAGACUACAGUCUCCUAGCCAUGCAGAGAAUCACUGGAAAUAGGAGUUCAGACUCUGAAGAAGCAUUUGAGACACCAGAAUCCACCACUCCUGUAAAGGCUCCACCUGCACUACCGCAGCCACCACUGGAAGUAGCGGUGGUAGAAGCAGCAGCAGUAGACACAGUUGAACAGGAAAUAAGGCCACAGCUGCCCUUGGAAGACACAGGAUUCUGUUCUGAUACUGUGUCCAUAAUUGAUGCAUCACAUAGUGAAUCAAUUGAAGAAAGCCCAUUCCGUCCUCCCUCCCAUUCAUUUUCUACUGUCUUUGAUGAGGAUAAGCCUAUAGCCAGCAGUGGGACUUACAACUUAGACUUUGAUAACAUUGAGUUGGUAGAUUCUUUCCAUACCUUAGAACCUAGCACUCCAGAAGCUAAGAAUCGGGACCCUAAAGUGAAUGUUCGAAGAAAAUCCACAGAUUCUGUCCCAAUUUCCAGAUCUACUUUGUCUCGGUCUCUUAGUUUGCAAGCUAGUGAUUUUGAUGGCGUUUCCUAUCUUGGCAAUAAUGAGACAGUAAUUCCAACAGCAGACGUGUUCAAUACUGGUUCAAGUAGUGCUUCUAGUACCCUUAAGCGAACAAAGAAACCCAGGCCACCUUCCUUAAAGAAGAAGCAAUCCGCAAAAAAAUCUGCAGACUCUCCACCAGUGAAUGAAACGCAACAAGAACCAUCUGACAUUAGCCAACAAGCUUCUGUCCCAAGUGAAGAAAAACUGGUGUCUGAGGUAAAGGUUGAAUCAAUUAAACCUGAAUGUACUGAACCUUCCCAAAUCUCUACGGAGAAACAGGAGGCCCCUGCUGUGCCUGAAGCUUCCUAUCCCUUUGAUCGAGAGAACUUUGAAGAGAUUAGUACAUUUAGUACUGGAGAAAGCAAAGUGCAAACCUCUCCACCUGCCAGUAAAAAACCCCAACCUCUUACAACGGCACCAGAGGCCGUGGAGGUGACUCCAUCUGACACUGGAGGACAAGAGGAUCCUCCAGUCAAAGGUCUAGCUGUGAGACUAGAGUUUGAUUAUUCUGAGGAAAAGGGCAGCAGAGAGGACCAUCAAGAAAGCACUCCCCCACCCAAAAAAGCAGGUAAAAAAUCUGGUGCCAAAAUGCCACUAAGAAGGCCAAAGACUAAAAAGACAGUGGAAAAGCUUGACAAUGCUCCCACCACACCAACCAAGUCACUCACUGAUCCAAAUGAUAUCCCGAUUUCAAAAGGCUCUUAUACUUUUGAUAUUGACAAGUGGGAUGAUCCCAACUUUAACCCAUUUUCUUCCACUACAAAAAUGCAAGAAUCUCCCAAAUUGCCUCAACAAACGUACAGUUUUGAUCCAGAUACCUGCGAGGACUCAAUUGAUGCUUUCAGGCUAUCUUCGAAGAUCACCAGCUCACCUUCUAAAUCUCCAGCCUCCUUUGAGAUACCAGCCAAUGGCAAUGAAACAAAUGGAACUGAAGGAGACAACCUAAAUAAACCUGCAAAAAAGAAGAAGACACCACUAAAAACUGAUACAUUUAGGGUGAAAAAGUCACCAAAAAGAUCUCCCCUCUCGGAUGCGCCCUCUCAGGAUUCCACUCCACUGCCUACUCCAGAAACACCCCCAGUUAUAUCCACCGUGGUUCAUGCGACAGAUGAGGAAAAACUGGCUUCUUCCGUAACCAGUCAGAAAUGGACUUGCAUGACUGUGGACCUGGAUACAGAUAAACAGGAUUACCCACAACCAUCCGAUCUAUCUACAUUUGUAAAUGAGACCAAGUUCAGCUCCCCUACAGAGGACCUGGAAUAUGGCAACUCAUAUGAAAUAGAAUACAUGGAGAAAAUAGGCUCCUCCUUGCCGCAGGAUGGCAGCACCCCGAAGAAACAAUCUUUGUACCUUGUAUUUGAUGCACAGCAGGAAAGUCCAGUCAAAUCUCCUCCAGUCAGACUAUCUGAUUCUACAACUCCAUGUUCAGGGUCAAGUUUCGAGGAAAGUGAAGCCCAGCUAUCCUCUGGAAUGAAAAUACAACACCCAGGUUCCCGGGUUCUAACCGCCAGCCAAGAUCUGCACUUACAGUUGACUGACAAAUCAAAACAGAAAGAACUGGAGCCCAUGAGUUUAGGAACAGCUUCAGACACCAUUGAAAUAACAACUCCUGAGGACUCCUUUGUCUCUGCUGAUGCUCUUCUCAAUAGGAUAUCGCAUCAAACAUCAAUAUGUGAUCAGCUUGAAUAUCUAGAACCUGACUUAGCAGAAAAGAACCCCCCCGUAUUUGCUCAGAAACUUCAGGAGGAGUUAGAGUUUGCUGCAAUGAGGAUAGAAGCAUUGACGCUAGCCAGACAGAUUACCCUGUCUUCUUUCUGCUCCUUAGAUACCGAGAAAGAGCCUGCUAUCCCAGCAGAUGUUUCCAUCUCUAAAAGUACUCUAUACUCCCGAAUCAGCACUUCUGAGGCAGAAAAUACCACAGAUCUGCUCUACCAGCAAGAUGAUUUGGAUUCUGCACUACGAAUUGCCAGACAGGAGACUGUGGCCAAAGAAAGAGAAGUAUCUGAGUGGAAAGACAAAUAUGAAGAAAGCCGAAGGGAAGUGAUGGAGAUGAGGAAAAUAGUUUCAGAAUAUGAGAAGACGAUUGCUCAGAUGAUAGAGGAUGAACAGAGAGAGAAAUCUGUCUCCCAUCAUACUGUCCAGCAGCUAAUAGUGGAGAAGGAACAAGCUUUGGCAGACCUGAACUCUGUGGAGAAAUCACUGGCAGACCUUUUUAGGAGAUACGAAAAAAUGAAAGAGGUUCUGGAGGGAUUUCGGAAAAAUGAAGAAGUGUUAAAGAAAUGUGCCCAGGAGUAUUUAUCACGAGUAAAGAAAGAGGAGCAGAGGUACCAAGCACUCAAAGUUCAUGCUGAAGAAAAACUGGACAGAGCCAAUGCUGAAAUUGCACAAGUCCGAGGCAAGGCUCAACAAGAACAAGCAGCGUAUCAGGCCAGUCUCCGUAAAGAGCAGCUGAAAGUGGAUGCAUUGGAAAGAACACUGGAACAAAAGAAUAAAGAGAUAGAAGAAUUAACGAAGAUUUGUGAUGAACUGAUUGCCAAAAUGGGGAAAAGCUAA